AUGGAACAGCUCCUGGCAUUACAGCAGCAACAAAUACAUCAGCUGCACUUGAUUGAGCAAAUCCGGCACCAAAUAUUGUUGCUGGCUUCACAAAGUGCAGAGGUACCUACAUCUUCUAGUGGGUCUCAAGGGACAUUGAGAUUAUCGGCUACUCCACUGACUACAUUGAGCUCCCACUUAUCUCAACAGCUCGCUGCAGCAGCUGGCUUAGCACAAAAUCUUGCUAGUCAAUCUGCUAGCAUUAGUGGUAUAAAACAAUUACCCCCAGUACAGCUACCUCAGAGCAGUCCUAACAACACUAUUCCAUCCAGCAGUAGUUCCUCUCCAAAUUUGAAUACAUUGACAACAACAAUUCCACCCUCUUCAGACAGAGUACCUUCAACCACUGGUGGCUCACAGGUCAGUAACCCACCAGCACCUGUAACAUCUUCACCAGCUUUUGCAAUAAGCAGUUUAUUGAGCCCCACCGCUAACCCACUACUACCUCAACCUGUCCCAAGUAACACCCUUUUUCCUAGUACAUUGCCCAAUGUUGGAACAACGGCAGAGGAUUUAAAUUCUCUGAGGAAAAACAAGCCAGCCAGUGUAACUGCUUUUGAAGCAAAGAGCGCAUCUGAUGAGGCAUUCUUCAAACACAAGUGUAGGUUCUGUGCAAAGGUCUUUGGCAGUGACAGUGCCUUGCAGAUCCACCUUCGGUCUCAUACGGGUGAGAGGCCAUUUAAAUGCAACAUUUGUGGAAACCGGUUUUCCACUAAAGGGAAUCUUAAAGUUCACUUUCAACGCCACAAAUCUAGUGACCCCAAUGAGUGUGUCAUUUGUCACCGGGUAUUAAGCUGCCAGAGUGCCCUGAAAAUGCAUUACCGCACUCACACUGGAGAAAGACCCUUCAAAUGCAAAAUAUGUGGAAAAACAUUUGCAUGUCAGAGUGCCUUGGACAUUCAUUACAGAAGCCAUACCAAAGAGAGACCAUUUAUUUGCACAGUCUGCAACCGUGGCUUUUCCACUAAAGGCAAUUUGAAACAGCAUAUGCUUACGCAUCAGACUCCCAAACAGCACUACUGCAAUGCGUGUGGCAAAUCUUUUUCAUCUUCCAGUGCUUUACAAAUCCAUGAGCGAACCCACACUGGUGAAAAACCAUUUGCGUGCACCAUAUGUGGCAGAGCCUUUACUACAAAAGGGAACCUUAAGGUAAACAUUUUAUUAAAACUUUGUUUUGUCAAUAAUAAAUGCUGGCAUGCUAAUCUCCACCUUCAAACAUUUUCUGAAUUCUAUCUCAGUCUUAACUGGUUAAAAUUAACAUUUGGCAAAAUGCCAUUUUUCUGA